AAGGUAUCACUUUUGGCAUUUUCUUAAUUUUACACAUAGUAUAACUUUUGUGAAAUAGAAAAAAUCUAAAUAUCAGGCCACUGACCUUUCGUUUGUCAAUGGAGUUCUUAGAAGAAGACGCCAAACCCAGAUUUCUCCUCCAAUCCAAGCCAUUGCAGCAAUCCAAUUCAGAUUCGGAAACCCAAACCCGGUCUCUAUACCGACCCGGAACCAUCAUCUCCCUCUCUAUUUCUGUUCUCUUCUUCGCUCUUUCGGUCCUCUAUUUCUCCUUUGAACCAUUCGGAUCCAUCUUCUUAUGGAUCUCUCUUUCCUUCCUUAUCGGACCUUUUGCUCCUCAUUCCAUCACAGGUGGUGACAUCCGGGUCGGACUCGGACCGCCCAUUCAAGACCCGCCAAAAGACGAUCUUUCUGAUACCGAACCCGAUACUAAAAAAUCAAACAGAAGAUCUAACAGACCCACCAAGAAAAACGUUGACUUUGAGCCUGUGUUAGCCACCCAUUAUGAUCUGAAGCCGGAGAAAAUUAAUGGGUCGGUGGCAAAUUCGAAGAAUAGUAAAGGGUCGGUUGCGAAUCUGGAGAAAAAUGGAGGAGGGAAAGUGGGGGAUGGUGUGUGGAAUGAAGGGGAUGAGGAGUUGUUAAGGAAGAUGAUGGGGAAGCACCCGGUGGGGAAACCGGGGCGGUGGGAGGCGAUAGCGGAUGGAUUUAACGGGAGAUACAGAGUGGAAAGUGUGAUAAAGAAAGCGAAAGAAUUGGGUGAGAAGAAAAUGAGCGAUGGGGAUUCCUAUCAGAGGUUUUUGAAGGACAGGAAAGCAGUUGAUAAGAGAGCUGAAGGUGGAAAUGAGGCUGAUUUCGAGAAUAUGGAGGUGAAAAAGGCCGUGGAGAGUGGAUGGAGUAGUGGGGAGGAUUUGGCUUUGCUUAAUGCAUUGAAGACAUUUCCAAAGGAGGUGGCAAUGAGGUGGGAGAAAAUAGUAGCUGCUGUGCCCGGGAAGAAUAAAGCAGCUUGUAUGAAAAGAAUGGCUGAGUUGAAGAAGGAUUUUAGAAGCUCCAAGUCUGCCAAUGCUGAAGCUUAGGGAUAAAAAGAUCAGUUACUGAUUGAAAUCUCAUAGGUUAAUUUUCAGCUUUAUUGAAGAGGGGAAGAACAAGGAGGAGGAGGACUAUGUUAUCAAAAUAAAAUGUUGGAAGGGAUAAACUAAAAAUCAAACUGUACUUUCUCUUACUUGUUACUAGGGAAGAACAAGCUGCAUGUAUUAAGUUGUAAUAGACUGAAAAUAAAGCGCAAUUACUAGUG